CCCACUAUCAACCCCUCCCUGCACAUUCUCUAUUUAAUCCCUCGUUUUGCCUCCAUUUCAUCUUCUCUAUUCAUUCCAGAAUUUUCCAACGCUAUCAGUAGAAACUAAGAAGUGUUAGAAGACUAAGAAGAAGAAAAUGGGCGAGAAACCAGAGAAAAAUCAGAAUGAAGGAGAGAAGAAAGGGGGAGAAGAGAAGAAGAAGGGUGAAAAUGGAGUUGUUCCUAUUGUUUUGAAGAUUGAUAUGCAUUGUGAUGGUUGUGCUAAGAAAGUUAUUAGGUCCAUUAAGCGGUUUGAAGGUGUUGAGAAGUGUUCAGCAGAUAGCACAUCAAACAAGAUAACAGUAAUUGGAAAAGUUGAUCCAGUUAAACUCAGAGAAAAUGUUGAAUCCAAAACAAAGAAGAAAGUUGAACUCCUUUCUCCAAUUCCCAAGAAAGAAGACAAAAACGGUGGUGGUGGGGAUAAGAAGAAAACAGAAGAAGCAAAAAAACCAGAGGAGAAGAAACCCAAAGAGCCUCAAGUGAUUACUGUUGUUCUCAAGACUUCCUUGCAUUGUGAUGGAUGUGUCAAGAAGCUUAAGAAGAUGCUUAAGAAGUAUAAAGGAGUUGAUUCAUCUACUAUCGAUGCACAGAAGGAUUUGGUGACUGUGAAAGGAACAAUGGAUGCUAAGGUUUUGACAGCUUAUUUGAAAGAGAAAUUCAAGAGACCUGUAGAUGUUGUUCCACCCAAGAAAGACGAUGGAAAAGGGAAAGACGGUGGUGAUAAGAAAGAGAAGGGUGGUGAUGAUGGAGGUGAGAAGAAAGGAGAGGGAGGAGCUGCCAAGAAUGGUGGUGAACAGAAGAAGGUUACUUUUGACAUAAGCAAGAUGGAACACUACCCAUUCGGGUAUGCCUAUGCUUACCCUGGUGCUGCUGCUGGGCCAAGUCACAUUGCAGAGGGAUAUGCAUUUGGAAAUGGUUAUGGUAAUGGAUUUGGAAAUGUGUAUGCUAACGGAUAUGCAAAUGGAAGUGGAGCUGGAAAUGGGUUUGGGAAUGGAUAUGUGGUUGAUCAUCUUCACCCACCACAGAUGUUUAGUGACGAAAACCCAAAUGGUUGUUCAAUUAUGUGAUCAUGAAGAAUUAAGAUAAUGUUCAGAAGAAGAAUGUAAAUAAGGAAGGGGGGUAAAAGGCAAAGAACAAAUAUAAUCAGAGAGGGAGAAGUAGAUAUUUUGGGAGAUAUAGUAGGAAAUCAGGAUUAUGAGUCAGUCUUAGUAAUUAGGUAAAGGUUUUAGAGAUCAUCAUGGGAUUCCUUAAUUUGUUCAACUGAUGUUAGUGAUGGCUUAAUUUGGUUAUCUGGUGUUGGUAAUGGUUAUUUUGUGACUACUAUAUGUCCACUUUUGAAAGUCAAAUUUAAAUCUUUGGCUCAUGAUUUUCCACGUUUAUUUCAAUUCAAUCUUCUUUGAUAAU